AUGGAUUUAUUUCAGGCUGAACAGAUGCCGAGUUUGCCCACUGAGCUCACGGGCAACAACUUAGAGCUGGCGGAGCCAGCGGCAUCAGUGCCCCGUGUUGAUUCGGGCCAUCCGGAGGCAGCUACAGAAGGUCUCUCACCUCUGCCUCUGCGGGAGCCAGAGCAGCCUCCUCCGGCUUCCACGACCGAGUGCAAAGUCCUGCUCACACAGGCAGACGCCCUGGCGUCCGGGGGGCGCCUCCGGGAAGCCCUCGAGGUAUACCGACAGCUGUCGGAGCGGCAGCAGCUGGUGGCUGAGCAACUGCAGCAGCUGGUGCGCUGCCUGGCUGAGAACAUUCGGACAGGAGAGGAGCUAGCGCCAGCGCCCUCGGUCGGGGGCAGCGCUGCAAGCUGUGUGGUGGGGGCGGAAGAGGCAGGGGUGGCAAACCCCACUGAUGCCACCGAGUUGUGGGAUGGCUUCAAGUGCCGGAAGUGUCACGGGUUUCUGUGGGACCCCGUGUCCUUGUCGUGUGGCCACACCUUUUGUAAAGUUUGCCUGGAACGCGGGCGGGCAGCCGACCGGCGCUGUGCUUUGUGCGGGGUCAAGCUCUCAGCGUUGAUGGUGGCCACCGGGCUGGCGCGCGGAGCCCGGAGGGCUGGGCAGCAGGCGCCGCCGCCGCUGCGGGUCAAUGUGGUGCUCAGCGGUCUCCUUGGCAAGUUGUUCCCUGCUCGAGCUCGGGCAUCGCAACUCCGCCACGAGGGCAACCGGCUGUACCGCGAGCGCCAGGUGGAGGCGGCACUACUCAAGUACAACGAAGCAGUCAAACUAGCACCAAAUGACCAUUUACUUUAUAGUAACCGGUCACAAAUUUAUUUCACCUUGGAGUCGCAUGAGGAUGCACUGCAUGAUGCAGAAAUAGCAUGUAAGCUCCGCCCAAUGGGCUUUAAGGCACACUUCAGAAAGGCGCAAGCAUUGGCCACCCUAGGCAAGGUGGAGGAAGCACUAAGAGAGUUUCUAUACUGCGUUUCACUGGAUGGAAAGAACAGGAGAGCAAGAUCUGAAGCCCAAAGGGAAAAUGAGGAACUCCCCCAUUGUUCUAGACAGGAGGAAGGAGCAGCCAGUGGGGACUACAACAUCCAGAUGAAUCCUGCGGAAGUAAAGGAGCAUGGGCAGCAAGGUACCACGAAAGACCAGGAAGAAGAGGAGGAAAAGGGGUACCCUGCCUCUCCAGAAGCUGCAUCCAGACAGACUAGCAAAAGCCAGGAAAGGAAAAGGAAACAUUUUCAAGUUGAACCCAAAGACCCAGACGUUCCUACUAAAGUCUUUAAGCCAGAACCUCCUGCUGAUUUGGAGGACCUGCCUGCUGUCAGUAUUCCACUCCCAUCUUUUGAUGCAACCGACCUUGAAUGUGCCCUAUGUAUGAGAUUAUUCUAUGAGCCAGUCACAACACCGUGUGGACACACAUUUUGUUUGAAAUGUCUUGAGAGAUGCCUAGACCACAAUGCGAAAUGUCCACUGUGCAAAGAUGGUCUUUCACAGUGCUUGGCACCAAGAAAGUACAACAAAAACAUUAUAAUGGAAGAGCUAAUAGCCAAAUUCCUUCCAGAAGAACUCAGUGAACGAAAGAGGCUUUAUGAAGAGGAAAUGGAAGAACUUUCUAACUUAAAUAAGAAUGUGCCUAUUUUUGUGUGUACUAUGGCCUAUCCCACCGUUCCUUGUCCCCUACACAUAUUUGAGCCUUGCUACCGUCUGAUGAUUCGUAGAUGCAUUGAGACAGGCACAAGACAGUUCGGCAUGUGCCUUGGAGAUCCUGUCAAGGGGUUUGCAGAAUAUGGCUGCAUCCUAGAAAUCAGAAAUGUUCAGUUCUUUGCCGAUGGCCGUUCAGUGAUUGACAGUGUGGGCAAGAGGCGCUUUAGGGUCCUUCGUCAGGGCCAGCGGGAUGGCUACAACACAGCCGAUAUUGAAUAUAUUGAAGACCAAAAGGUUCUAGGAGAGGAUUAUGAUGAACUCAUGGGAUUACAUAACUGUGUCUAUGAACAAGCAUCAUCAUGGUUUCAUUCGCUCAAAAAUUCUCUUAGGAAUCGGAUAAUCAAUCACUUUGGUCCAAUGCCAGACAAAGAUGCGGAUCCUCAGAUUAACCCAAAUGGUCCAGCCUGGUGCUGGUGGAUAUUAGCAGUUCUGCCACUGGAAAGCCGUGCUCAGCUUCCGUUCCUAGCAAUGAGGUCCUUGAAGGAUAGACUGAAUGGCAUUCGGCGCAUCCUCGCCUUUAUAGCACGAAACCAAAACUAG